AUGUUCACCAUCACCAACAUCGUCGUUGCUUCGCUUGCUCUUGGUGCUGUUCAGGCACUCCCUCAGCACAUCCAUGCGAGACAGGACAAUGCUACUUCCACUCCUGCCGCCCCAGCAGUACCUGUUUCGACGCCUGACAUCUUCGACGACCUCCUCACUGCUCCUACAGCCAUCAAGCGUUUCCAAAGGCUUUUGACUGUGGGAGAAGGCCCUGAAGGUCCUGAGCUCCUGAAGGGAGACGACCUCCGCAAGGCGACCGUCUUCACUUUCGACAGGAAUGCGAAGCCUGCUCCUGGCGCAGAGGGUGGCGUUGCCGUUGCAGCCAACAUCGGAAACUUCCCCAUCUUAACCGGUCUCGGCAUCUCCACCACCGUCGGUUUCCUCGAGCCAUGCGGCAUCAAUACCCCCCACGUCCACCCGCGCGCCACGGAGAUGCUCACCCUCGUCGAAGGCGAGAAGAUGGAGUUCGGUUUCGUCCUAGAAAACGCCCUCGUCGGACCCAAGCAGAACCCAGAAGUCGCAGGGUACCUCAACGCAUUCGAGGCCACAGUCUUCCCUCAAGGCUCCAUCCACUACCAGUUCAACAACAACUGCAAGCCAGCGACUUUUGUGGCAGCGCUCAACUCCGAGGACCCUGGUACUAGCCAGAUUGCGCAGAACUUCUUUGCUCUUAACUCUGAGGUUGUUGAUGCUACCCUUGGUUUCCCGGGUCAAAUCAACAGCAAGAACAUCGACGAGUUCGGUGCUUCGCUUCCUGCCAACCUUGCCCGUGAUGCUAGAGCCUGCAUGGCUAAGUGUGGACAGUAA